AUGGCCGCACACCACGACCAACGGGCCACGACUCCACUAUCUGUGCCCGGCGAAUCAGCCCCGACGAAGCCAGCGCCGAAGCGGUUAGGGAAUCAGGUGCCGUAUGGGUGCGACGCCUACCAAAUGCUACACGUAUUCGACGCAGUCAUCGUAGUCUACAGCUCCGGGCUGCACUACGAGAGCUUCAGGCUAACAGCUGGCGUAAUGGAUCACUGGUGCAGGCGGCCCGAUUCCAUGAACAACCUCAGCGUGGACGAGUGGAAACAGCUGGCCAUACCGGUGGACGAGCGAGGCGAGCACAGCCACUGUACAAUGCGCGACCCCCCGGACGGUGGCCAUGCGGCUCGCAUCGUGCCUUGCGCAUCGUGGGAGUUCGACCUCGACCAAUACGGGAACAACAUCGUCUGCCACUGGAACCUCGUGUGCGACAGGCGCUGGCUCAUCGACGUCGCGAGGCUCGUGUACGCGGCUGCCAGCAUAGCCACGCUGCCUGUAGUCGGAGCGCUCGCGGACAGCGUCGGCCGCAAGGCGGUACUCUUCUUAACCGUACCUGUAGUCCUCAUAUCGGGCACCGCUAGUGCCAUGCCGAACGACUUCCACUUUUUCGUGGGUGUGCGUGCCGUCGUGUCAGCCUCCACGAGUGCCCUCGUGGUACCUGUGUACGGGCUGGUUUAUGAAUUGUCCCCGAUUGAAAAAUAUCGUAAUUAUGUAGUCAUGGUCGCGAUAACUGCGUUGAUGCUAUCACCGAUCACGCUGUUUACCGCUCAACUCGUGAAGGCAGGAUGGGCGACGCUGCAGCUGAUACUGAUGGUUCCAACGUGCCUUCUCCUGCUACUUUAUUACAUCAUCGAUGAGUCACCCAGCUGGCUUUUGGAGACAGGCAACGUCAAAGAAGCCGAGCGCAUCGCUUUGCGUGCGGCAAGUAUAAACAAGGUCUCCCCAGAGCACUGCCGAGAUCUCAUGGCAGCUCAGGCAGCGGAGAUUAAGGCUCGUAGUCAGGAGGCUGGAAAUAGCAGCGGUAUCUGCAGCCCACGGUUCAGAGCUUGCACCAUUACCAUGUGUUAUAUGUGGGCUGCGAUAAGCUACGCCUUCGACGCCUUCGUCGUUAACGACGGUUUUCCCGUCGGGGAAACCACAACCGCGUUGAGUUGA